GUUAUAUAUGUAAAUCCACAUUUUUAAUUAGAUAAAGAAGAAGUAGAUUCAUUUGAGGUCGAUCCUAAAAAUGGUGAAGUGAGAUUGGUGAAAGCUCUCGAUAGUGUACAACAAAGUUUUUAUCGUCUCUUUGUAACAGCAACUGUGGAUACCAUUCCUCCAAAAUCAGACAGUACAGAAGUUAACAUUAUUGUUGGAACAGGACAAGGAGUAAGAAUGUUUCCAACACGUCUCUAUGAAGUAACUGUUUUUGAGAAUCAGUUAGCUCCUAUGAUUAUUUUAGAUCUAAAUUCAACAGAUGAAAUUUCACAACAUUCCGUAAGAUAUUCUAUUGUGGGACAUAACUAUAAUGGUCUUUUUAUGAUGGAAAAAGAAAAUGGAAGAUUAUCAGUUACAGAAAGUUUAGAUAGAGAACUUAAAGAUAGGUACACAUUAAAAGUUAGAGCUGAAAAGGGAAGACGUGUUGGCAGAGACAUAAGAAGUAAAACAGAUGAUAUUUCUUAUCAUCUUGCUUAUGAUGAAGCAUUAGUGGUGAUUGAAGUAGGUGAUGAGAAUGAUAAUCCUCCCAUUUUUGAAACAAAUGGUAAACCUGUUGUUGCAGCUGUUCCUUUAGAAGCCAGUUUUGGUUAUCAAGUUGUAAAAUUAAAGGCAAAUGAUGCAGAUAUUGGUUAUAAUAAAGCCAUUCGUUAUGAGAUUAUUCGAAAAUCUGAAGACUCAUCUAUGAAAUUUCACAUUGAUCCCAUUACCGGAGUGAUACGCUCUAUGAUAACAUUUGCUCUAGAUGGUGGACGUAUUUAUGGUUUUGAUGUGAAAGCAUCAGACAGAGAAGGGAGCGAACAUGGUCAUUCUGCAAUUGUUAAUGUUUUUAUAUAUGUGUUACCAGAAACCAAACUUGUAAUGUUUGUUGCUGCAACAACUCCUCUUGUUAUUGAAGAGAAUGUUAAUAAAAUGCUCAGUUAUCUCAGUAAUAUUACAGCUAUGGAUGUAAAAAUGGCCAAAUUAGAACCCCAUCAUGAAGGGGAAAAGGAACAUCCAGAUAUGACUGAUAUUUUCUUAUAUGCUAUUGAUCAUCAAACUAAUGAUGUUAUAGAAACAGAAACAUUAUUGAGUGCACUGAAGAAACAUUCCCAUUCAAUUAUCAAUUAUUUGGAUCAAUUCAAAAUACGUCACAUCCAGGGUGUAUCGGUUCAAGAAAAAAUUAGCCAAAUGGGUACAACAGAAAUUGCCAUUAUAGCACUUAGCAGUGUCAUAUUUUUGGGAGCUAUUUUAGGCAUUGGACUGUUAUGUUCUUCAUGCAAAAAAAGUAGAAAACCUCGAUAUGGACAGAAACAAUGGGAACAUCAAAAAUUGUAUAGCAUAAAAAAUCCUCUAAUGAGUAAGAGUUUAGGUAAUCCGUACGGACAACAUACUCCUUCAGGAACAAUAGCAAAUUUAAAAACAAUGUAUUCAAAUGGAAUAGGAGACUAUGCGGAUAGUCUGAACGAUGAUAGUUCGCUAAAGCGAAACAUGAAUCGGCGAUCACGUCAACACGUACCUCCCGACGGAGCAUCGUCUCUCAAUCCUUCCAGGAGUCCGAGAUUUGAAAGAUAUAAGAAAAAUGAAAAUAACCAAUGGUAUGAUAUGAAAGAUGGAAUUGACUCUGUCAUUUCGGGGGUAUCCAAAGGAUCAGCUUUUAACAGUUGGUCAUCGCUUCAAUCACAUAACAAUCCAGUAACUGAACUGUGACAAUUUUAGUUUUAAAAAAUUUAUUUGCCAAGAAGAAUUAUAUUAUUACAUCAAUUCUAACAUUUAGACACUAAAAAAAAUAUUUCAGAAAACUCACAGAAUGUUGCCAAUGAUGACAACAAUGUAUUUUUACUUAAUAUUUUUUUAAUAUGU